AUGGUCUGUAGACUUUUGUGGCUUUGGAUAAUAUUAAUCGCACCGUGUAUCGAAGGAGGCGAACGAAAUGUACAGCAUUUCGUGAAGAUAGAUGUGGCAAAGAUUAACGUUAAGAACACGACAGAUACGGUUGGGAACGUUAGUUCAACAACACUUACCAAUGACCCAGUUACGGAGACAUCUACCAAAUCCUCUACGAGCGAAGGUACUACAACCAGUGUAUCUUCUACGACAAUCAGCAAGACUACUGCAACGGAAGCAACUGUUACUGCGGAAAGUACCACUGCAACUAGUACUACCGCAGCAACGCCUACUAUGGAUCCGACAGAUGAGUCGUACCCAUUGUUGCAAGCAGGCCGUGCUGCAAAGUUGGUUCCGAAAGGAUACUACUGCCGUUGUGACCUAACGAUUAACGUGUGUGACGUAAACUGUUGCUGUGAUAUUGAUUGUAAUGCGGCCAUCUUACGCACGUAUAAUUGCGAUCAGGAGCAACUACACACGGACGAGUACCAUCAUGGCGAAGGAUUACAAUCCUGCCGGGUGCAAGGUGGAUUGUUUUGUCUCGUUGAGCCCAUCUACGAGGAAGGAGAUGACAGUUACUACAACCCAGGACGACUUCCAUCUGUGACCCGGUACAAAUGGGCGGAAGUGUUUUCGUUAGACAAUCCCGCAUCAUCGGAAGAUAUCCGGUUCGAUUACUACCGUGUAGAUGACGUCAUGUACGUCUACAACGAAACAAGCGAAUUGGUGCAAUUGUUUGCGCUUCCAACCACACUCACCGGUACGGUGUGCCAUAUCCAACAACCUGUACGCUUCCUGCAAGAACGCACCAACCUUUGCCAACGAACGGUGGAUGAGUUGGGCGAGUUCAAUCGAGCCAUUCUUCGGCAAGCAUCCUCAUCGGUGCGGUUCUUUCGUACACCCAAAAAGUCCACCGUCAUGGAGCACUACUGUGUGGAGGAUGGUGAUUGUCUGAAUGCUACUGUUUCCAUUUGCUAUUACACUGCUGGACAUGGUUGGAACUGUACGCUGGGUGCUAAUAUGACUGAUGGGACUGUCUCUGUGGAGGAAACUAUCGACGAAGAUCCUGGCACGAUUUGCCGAGAGCUUGAGAUAUUAUUUACCCACAACUAUACAAACCUUCAGCAGGUUAAUAUCAAGCUCCUGUGCACACCUGCUUAUCCGGACCGAAACGUGGACUGGAUGGAAACCGUGUGGCAACGUAUCAACGUUAAGUUUAUCGUCCCCUCGGCUCCUUCGAAAGUGAAUUUAACACGCACUAUCAGUGGUAAUAUAGGCUAUCUCAUCGGGAAACCAUUGAUUGUGUCCCAUUUGGAGCUUGGUGCAAAUGGAACCAUUCCGUCGGAGGAAGCUCCUACGGAGAAUCCCCCAAAGCGAAUGCUAGCUUACUUUACUAACGGAACACGCUUACCGGACGCUUCCUUUCGUUUACGCAUCCCAAUCAGUCGUAGGAAUCGGUGCGUUUUGACCGAAAAGUACCACCAAACGAUCGACUUUGGAACGGAUGUGUUUCACCGGUGUAACUACAUUCCGCCCGACGUUACAAACCAAACGACCGAGAGCGUUCAUAAUUAUACCAAAUUUUGCCAGGAUCUUCAGACGGCAUUGUACGCACAGCUGCUUCACGACAUUUAUCCGGACAUUUCUUCGACGCGUGGAGCUCGAUACGAUAAAUUUAAUCUUUACGUUUCAAAGUAUGGUAACCCGAUCAAUCGUACCAACGAAUGGGUGCGGGUGCGUUCCACUAACUUCAUCCUCGAAGCGGAACCCGGUUCCGAAUCGUCACCCAAUACUGACACCACCGACAGUUACUUCACCUGCAGCAAUAUGCUCAUCAAUGUGGGCUAUCGGUACUAUUACGCCCGAACACGCGUCCGUGACGUCCGGCAUCAGGCGACCAUUCAUGAUGCCGAGAUCGUGUUUGGACCGCGCGUUAAUCUACGCUUCCGGUUGGAUGAAGAGAUCCGGGUGCCGAUCUUUAUACAGGUUCAGUUUUUCGACUUAACGUCAUCUUCGGUAGCGGUGACGGGGCUUAGAGUGCUUGUGGUGUUAACGUUCUUAAUACAAUGGAGUACUUCCAAGGGAUAUUUGUGA